GGCUGAUUACGUAGCGGGCGGGGCAGGAAGUGCCGCUCCCUGGUGGGGGCUGUUCAUGGCGGUUCCGGGGUCCUCAACGUUUCUCAGGGUUGAGAUUCUAUAUCCUUUUGAAGCUGGGGCGGCAGAGCUUGAGGUUCUUGCUGGUGUGAAAUGACUGAGUAUAAACUGGUGGUGGUUGGAGCAGGUGGUGUCGGGAAAAGUGCACUGACCAUCCAGCUAAUUCAGAACCACUUUGUCGAUGAAUAUGAUCCCACCAUAGAGGAUUCUUACCGAAAACAGGUGGUUAUAGAUGGUGAAACUUGUCUGUUGGAUAUUCUGGAUACAGCUGGACAAGAGGAGUACAGUGCCAUGAGAGACCAAUACAUGAGGACAGGCGAAGGCUUCCUCUGUGUGUUUGCCAUCAAUAAUAGCAAAUCAUUUGCAGAUAUUAACCUCUACAGGGAGCAGAUUAAACGAGUAAAAGACUCAGAUGAUGUACCUAUGGUGCUGGUAGGGAACAAGUGUGAUUUGCCAACAAGGACUGUUGACACAAAACAAGCCCAUGAACUGGCCAAGAGUUACGGGAUUCCAUUCAUUGAAACCUCAGCCAAGACCAGACAGGGUGUUGAAGAUGCAUUUUACACACUCGUAAGAGAAAUACGCCAGUACAGAAUGAAAAAACUCAACAGCAAUGAUGAUGGGACUCAAGGUUGUAUGGGGUUGCCAUGUGUGGUGAUGUAACAAGAUAUUUAACAAAGUUCUAUCAGAAAAGAGCCACUUUCAAGCUGCACUGAUACCCUGGUCCUGACUUCCCUGGAGGAGAAGUAUCCCUGUUGCUCUCUUCAUCUCAGAGAAGCUCCUGCUGUUUGUCCACCUCUCAGUGUAUGAGCACAGUCUCUGCUUGAGAACUUCUCAGAAUAACUACCUCCUCACUUGGUUGUCUGACCAGAGAAAUGCACCUCUUGUUAAUUCCCCAAUAAUUUUCUGCCCUGGGCUCUCCCCAACAAAAAACAAACACUUCUGCCAUCCAAAAAGCAACUUGGUCUGAAACAGAACCAAACUGUAGAUUGAAAUUCUCUUAAAAAGUCUUGAGCUCUAAAGUUAGCAACCGCUGGUGAUUUUUAUUUUCCUUUUUAUUUUUGAACUUGGAACUGACCUAUGUUAGAUUUUGGAGAAAUGUCAUAAAGUACUGUUGUGCCAAGAAGAUAAUUAUGUUGCUGAAUGGUUGAUUUAUAGUGUUAUCAGCUAUAUUUUACAAACUGGCAUCUGCUCUGUAUUCAUAAAUACAAAAAUGAAGCCAGGUGUGGUAGCACAUGUGUAUGAUCUAAACCGUUUGGGAGGCUGGGGCAGGAGGAUCACAAGUUCAAAGGCAGGCUGGGUAAUUUGGUGAGAUCCCGUCUCAUAAAUAAAUAAAUGAAUAAAUUUGCUGGGGUAGUUUAGUAUUAGAGCACUCCUCAGUUCAGUCCCAACUACUGAAAAGAAGAACGGUAAAUACAAAAGUGACUUUGAAGUCUAUCCUGGUCUUUUCAACUUUUAUGAAGUUAAAUCCAACUUCAGUAACAAAGUGCCUUUUUCCUAGAAGUGGUUUUAGACUUCCUUUACAAUACUUAAGUGGAAUUCAGGUCUUAACCAUGAAAUAUGAAAAUAUCUAUGACCUGUCUGUCUUUGAGGGAAACGUACACCUGUAUAAUAGCAGAUGCCAUUUCUUAACAUAUGAAGAUUGUUUUCUUAGAGGCCUGUUUCUGGGUUUUCCCCAGAAAAAGAUGAAAGUAGAAAUGAUUAUGAAUAAUUUCUCUUAAUUUUGUCUGAUCUCUCCUUUUUCAUGGGUUACUGCCUAUAAAUAUUUGAUUUAUUCCUUCUAGCUUAUUGAUAAAUUUGGAUCACACCAGAAAGCUUACAUUUGUAGUUAUCCCACUAUUGUAAAAAUUUGAUGUGGGCUUAUUUCAUAUCUGUGAGUGGUUCAUUAACAGGCAAAUUAUAUUUUCACUACAUACCAUAUUCUUAAUUCUUAAUUCUUUAGUCCCUUUGUCAAUUCACUCUUUGCCUCUUACUCCACAGCAACAGAAACUCAAAUUGUUUCAGUUGAGUAAAGUGUAGCGCUGAUGGGCCAGGGCCACAAUUUCAAAACUUGAACAAACCAGCUAGCAUCAUUUGAUCAUAACUCCAGUUUUGCUAGAUGCCUGCUGUUAGCCCUGCAAGGAAAAGGGUCAAUUAGCAUGAGUGCUUUACUGGAACUGGAAAAGCUUGGUAUCCUUAGGAGGCUCAGGUUAAAAAAACUAAAGUAUUUAGAAACCUCCUUUUUUUGUUAACCAUAUGGAAACUAAGCCUAUAUAUUUUCUCAUUCUUUUGAGAAUAAGGAUACUCAGAAUUUUUUUUUUUUUUUUAAGUUUUUAUUUGGGGACGUGAUUUUUGUUGUGUGUGGCUAUUGUUUUUGGUUUGGUUUAGUUUGGCUGUUUGAUUUGUUUUUUAGAAUUGGGGAUUGAACUCAGGGCCUUUGCACUGAACUAUAUUCCCCGCACCUUUCAUAUUUUGAGAUAGGGUCUCACUAAAUUGCCCAGGCUGGGCUCAAACUUGCGAUCUCUUGCCUUAGCCUCUGAGAGUACUGGGAUUACAAGCAUAUACCACCAUGCCUGACUCUCAGAUCAAAAAUUUUUUUUAAAUUUUAUUUAUUUAGAAUGUUUUUUAAAGGGUUUUAAACAGUUACUCAUAAAUUAGCCUGCAUUUCAGGAAAGAAAAGCUAAUGAUUUGUUCAAAACAAAAAGUAUCCUUUGGCUUGAAUUGUUAUUUGAGGAAAAAAUUUAAAAAUUACUUAACUUGUUAGGAGGAUGUGGAGGCUUGGUAUUUCCCUUUGCAUAUAAUGCUCUGGUAAUUCUCCCCCCCUCCUUUUUUGUGGUACUGGGGAUUGAACCUUGAAUCUUGCACAUACUAAACAACUGAUCUGUUCAUGAGCAUUUUACCCAGGAGCUACAUGCCCAGCUCUGGUAAUUCUAAUGAAAAAUGUAUAACUUACUUGAAAGACCUAUUCCAAAAUGGCUACUUUCUGUUCUUAUAUCUAAAUACUUAGAGCUCUCUUUAUCUCCUAGUAUGAAUUUUCAUUUAUUACACAAAUUCCACAUUACCUUGAAAUUAAUUCAGAAGAGGGGAAGAAACAUGUACUAUGCCCAGAGAACAAUAAAUCCAGAGAGUUGUACUCCUAACGUUGGGUACAUUCAUAGUAGGGCUGACAUCUGUAAAUAAAGACUCUGCGCUGCCCCUUUAGGUUUAUCACCUCAGUCAUAUUCUAAGUUUGUGCAUGAUUGGUUUUAAGUGUCUUUUGUGACUAGCAGUCUAACCUUUUCUAAAACUUCUCCUAAAUUCAUCACCAAAUUAGGGAGAAAGUCCUUGUAUGUAUCUAAAGUUUUCUCAAGUAUGUUCCAAGCACAGAAGCAAAGAAUCCAAAUGGGGCCAGGAUUUAAACUUGAAAAGGUCUUUUAAUGGCUUCUUUAAAGGUUACACUUUGGCACAACAGAGUGGCAAACUUAGUGUUAAAAAGCUGAGUAAGUUCAGCAAGGUGGCGUAAAAUAUAGUUUGUGGAGUAUGUUUGUGACUGCUGAAAAUGUGUACCUCAGAAUCUCAAACUCACUUUCCCCAGCAUAAAGUGCCUGGCCAGCUGUCAGAAAUUACAUAAUUUGUUUAUGAUUUAGUUGGAUGUGUGUGUGUUUUUUUUUUCUUUACAAGGUUGCACAUUGGAGAGUGUGAAGAUAAGAUGUUGUGUCUAAAGGCUACCAGGCCUAAUCUGAAUCUGUUAAACGCUGUAUUUGCUCCAGUAGUCUACUAUGCAAUGCUAAUUUAGUAACAUACUUUGUAACACACUUGAUUCUGUAGGAGUAUAAAAUUAAUCUGCUCUAGUGAGUCCCCAGUCUAAUCUUUCAUCAUCUUUAAACUGCUGUGAAUUUACAUCAUGACUUGAAAACAAAGAUGGACAAGAACUUUAAAAAAGAUUUGGGAUUUUUUUUUUCCUGUUCUCUAAUUUGUGAUCAUAGUCAUAUUUUGCUUAUUUAUAGUCAUGAACUCUUAAGCUGGCAGCUACAACCAAGAACCAAAAAAUGGUGCAGUUUUCUUUUCAUAAUUCAUCUCAGCUAAUACAUUAUAAGAAGCAAGGGUAAUUGGGAAAAUAUUUUAUUUGAGUAGUUUCUCUAAACAAAAGAUUAUAAUACUUGUACAUUAUUUUUCAUAUUUGUGUUACUUUAAGCAGUCUAAUGUGCCACAAAAUUAAGGUAUUUGUUUUCUAUAAGAAUUGUUUUAAAAGGAUGCUUAUCAGAUUAGUUUUAAGAGUGUUUCAAAUAUAACUGAUUUUUAAAAGUCCAAGUACUAACCUAAGAAGCAAGUGUUUGAACUUCACUCUGGAGGGAAAAGGUGUCGUAUGACUUUUAUAUUUCUGUGCCAUCCAGUAUACUUAAAAAUAUCAGUUGUACAAUUCUGCUGUUUAAAUGGGAACUAUUGGCCUCAUUGGCCCUAAAUGAAAAGGGCUGAUAUUUUAAGUUGAUUAUUUUUAAUGUAAAUUAACCCACCCUAAUUUUUAAAAAUUGGUUGAAUGUUUUUCUUGUUAAAUAAUGUUUAAAAAUAAAAACUGGAAGUACUUUA